AGAUUUUCGUAAUUAGCAUCCAAAUCCGAAAAUCCCAAACCGGCCUCCUUAUUGCAUUGCAUUAUUCUGUAGAUAGAGACUUACACGAAUCUUAGAACGAAUCUUAGGAUUUAGCUCCAAGGUCGGCCUUACCCAAUUCCUACUCUAUAUUCAAGUCAACCCCACUAAAACCAAACCGCUAAAGACUCUAAUUUCCCUCACUCUCAUAUACUCGCGCGUCAAUCCACUUUCAAUUGCGUCAACAUAUUAAUUUGUUUUUUUUUUUUAAAAAUGGUUUUUCAUUCUUAGUCUGAUAUUUGUUUAUAGCUUUUAUUAUUAAUAAUAAUUUUACUUUAUCUCUUUCUAUUUUACUUGAAUACAUAUUAUUCUUAUCAUACAGAUAUAACAACCAAAUAGGACAUCAAAUAUUUCGAUAUCGUUCCCCACCCCGUACCCACACUAAUAAUUAAUAUGGAAAUAUAUAUGGCUUUGAGUUAUCCCCAAAACUCAUGACCUUUACUUUCUUUUAUCAUUUGGAAUUUUGACAACCCAGAAAAUGAUUACUAACCGAAAGUACGGAGGUUGGAUUCAUUAUGGCCACGGAGACAACAAAAGGGCGGCGCUUGUCUUCCUUCUGCAUCUUCUAAUCCUCACGUUCAUGCCUCUACGCGCCGCCGCACAGAGCGGAGAUCCUCCGCCUCCGUAUCUAUAUGGGCCGACCCGACCGCAAAGAGUUGACCUCAAGAUGGCCAUCGUUAUGGUUCUUCUUGUCACGGUCUUCUUCGUACUGGGGUUCCUCUCCGUUUAUACCCGCCAAUGCACUCAAGACCGGUUUCGAGGCGCCGAUGAAAUCACACUCGGUUAUGUUGGAAACUCGUGGACAGCACGUGGACUGGACCCAGAAAUCAUAGACACGUUUCCCACGUUCGUGUACUCCACCGUGAAAGGGCUAAAACUCGGCAAGGGAGCUUUGGAAUGCGCCGUCUGCCUCAACGAGUUCGAGGACAACGAAACGCUGCGUUUGAUCCCCAAGUGCGACCAUGUGUUCCACCCUGAAUGCAUCGACGCCUGGCUCGUUUCUAACUCGACGUGUCCCGUCUGCCGUGCCAACCUGGUUCCUAAACCGGGCGAGACCCACCGCGGUCGCACCCUCGCAGAUGUUCUCAACCCGAAUAACGACUCGGGUCAACUCGAACCGAUACCGACAACCGAUGAGCCGAGACAGAAUCGUCAAGUCUCAGUACGGAUUGUGACAGACGAUCCGAGCAGGCAGGAGAAGUCACCAGAGAUUAGUUUGAUUAAUCCGAGCGAAGAUGGAACGACGACUCAGAAUCGUACGCCGAGAUCAAGAUCGACAGGGUUCGGUCCUCCUAGAUCGAGGUCAACCGGGUGGCGGCUCAGUGGGAUAUUUUCAAGGUCACACUCGACCAGCCGCUUGCUGGUUCGGCCGGGUGAAAACCAGGAACGCUUCACGCUAAGGUUACCAGAGGAGAUAAGGAUACAGCUGGUGAAUUCGACCCUGAGCCGGACCAAGAGUAGCGAAACGGCGCUUCAGAGGGUCAGCAGUUCCAGGAGGGGUUACCGGAGUGUGAGUGCAGGGUUUGGUCGCUGGAAAGAUAACUCUUCUUACCAACGGUUUGAAAGUACUGGGCAGCCGGACCGGUGGGUUUUCUCAGUAGUUCCGCCAUUUGUUUCACGGCCCGGUUCAGCUACGUCGUUGAAGGGUUCAUCGACAGAAGGCGAUGACGUGGCAGCUCUUUCGAAGGCGGCUUCGUCAAAAUCCAAAGAACCACCGUCCGAUCAUUUGUACAGAGGGAGGGACGACGUGGGUGAAAGGUCAUCUGCUCCGCUCCGGCUGUAUGAUCAAAUUUAGGAUACGUUACGUGCGUCACACUUGAUUUGUUAUUAGUUCCAGCUUUGUGUACAAAAAAUUUAUAUUUCAAUUAUUUUCUUCUUCUUAUUUUAAUAAACAUCAAAAUAUCUCAUUUUGAAAUUUUAAGCACUUUUGUAAUUUGGUAUGAAUUCUGUUGAGAGAUGAGAUAGAAACCUUACACAAAACACAAUAUCACAUAUUCACCUUCACAUGGAUUUGCAAUUCAACUUUGUUGUCAUAUUUUUUUCCUCCUCACUUGUAAUAUUGAUAUUGUUUUUGUACAAGAAGUUUUAACCUGGUUUUGAGGUUAUCCAUAUCAAACUCUAUAUACUAAUUUAAUCAUUUUAUUAUUUAAAA